CACUUACUUUUCUUCUUCUCUAACUCUUCCUACUAAUAAAACUCCAUUAUAUUGUUAACUCGCAUCAUCAUAACAAUACCCGGUAUAUCCUACUCAUAUUUUCAUCAUACACAAUAUAUCUUGUUUAAUAGAAAUACAUACAAUCUCAUCAUACAAUUAAAUUAAACCCCAAAAUGGAAAAACUACUCAACAACAACACAACAUUAUCCAAAACCACCUCAGCCAACCACCAAGACCACUUUUCGACACGGCGGUGCGUAUGGGUAAACGGCCCCGUAAUCAUCGGAGCUGGCCCUUCGGGCUUAGCCGUAGCGGCUGGACUCAAACAACAAGGAGUCCCCUACAUAAUGCUAGAAAGAUCAAACUGCAUUGCAUCCCUAUGGCAAACUAGAACAUACCACCGGCUUAAACUACAUCUCCCUAAACAAUUUUGUCAAUUACCCAAUUUCCCAUUCCCCAAACACUACCCACAAUACCCAUCAAAAGAUCAAUUCAUUACUUACCUUGAAUCAUACGUUAAACACUAUAAAAUUAAACCACAGUUUAAUGAAUCCGUACAAUCAGCUCAUUAUGAUGAAACUUGUGGUUUAUGGAGGAUUAUUACAAAAAAAACGACUCAAUCUGGAGACAAAACUGAUUUCUGGAUUAGUGACAAAAUUGGCGAUAAAAAUGAUGAAGUUGAGUAUAUUUGUAGAUGGAUUGUGGUGGCUACGGGGGAGAAUGCUGAGAAAAAUGUGCCCAAGUUUUUUGGGUUUCAUGAAUUUGGAGGGGAUAUUAUUCAUGCAUGUGAUUAUAAGUGUGGUGAAAAAUAUAGGGGUAAAAAAGUUUUGGUUGUUGGGUGUGGAAAUUCUGGUAUGGAAGUUUCUCUUGAUCUUUCUAAUCAUGAUGCUACUCCUCUUCUUUGUGUUCGUAGCUCGGUUCAUAUACUACCAAAAGAAGUGCUAGGAAAAUCAACAUUUGAGCUGGCAAUGUCACUACUAAGGUGGUUUAAACUGACAACAGUAGACAAAAUACUGUUAAUUCUGGCAAGAAUAUUGCUAGGAAACACAGAAAAAUAUGGUCUGAAAAGGCCAGAAAUGGGCCCACUUGAACUAAAGAAUAAAGAAGGGAAAACCCCAGUGUUGGAUUUAGGAACAUUUGAAAAAAUCAAAUCUGGAAAGAUUAAGGUUGUUCCUGGUAUUAAGAGAUUUUCUAAGGGUAAAGUUGAUUUUGUUGAUGGUCAGAUUCUUGAGAUUGAUUCUGUUGUUCUUGCUACUGGUUAUCGAAGCAAUGUUCCAUCUUGGCUUAAGGAAAGCGAAUUUUUCUCAAAAAAUGGGUUCCCAAAAGCUCCAUUUCCUAAUGGAUGGAAAGGAAAUGCAGGAUUAUAUGCAGCUGGAUUUACAAGAAGAGGAUUAUCAGGUGCUUCAGAAGAUGCAAUAAGAAUAGCAGAAGACAUUGGAAGAAUCUGGAAACAAGAAACCAAACAAAGAAAGCCUCCUGCGGCUUGUCAUCGAAGAUGCAUUUCGCAGUUCUAAGCAGAAGUGUUCAAAUCAGAUCUGAUAAUUCGAUAUUUACCCAACAAUUUUAAAAUGAAAUUUAAAUUAUGUAAAAAUCAAUAUGAACACAAAACCUGUAUCUUUGAACCAAUCUAAUAACUCGAAUAAACACCUUUAGUUUUAAGGAAAACAGGAAAAAUACCCCUUUGUCCUACUACUAGCAUGUUACUAUCAGUAGUAAAAUUCGAAAA